AUGCAGAUUUUCGUCAAGACUUUGACUGGUAAGACUAUCACCCUUGAGGUGGAGUCUUCUGACACUAUUGACAAUGUCAAGAGCAAAAUCCAAGACAAGGAAGGUAUCCCUCCUGAUCAACAACGUUUGAUUUUCGCUGGUAAGCAAUUGGAGGAUGGCCGUACCCUUUCCGAUUACAACAUUCAAAAGGAGUCUACCCUUCACUUGGUUCUCCGUCUUCGUGGUGGUAUCAUUGAACCCUCUUUGAAGGCCUUGGCCAGCAAGCACAACUGCGAAAAGCAAAUUUGCCGUAAGUGCUAUGCUCGUCUUCCUCCCCGUGCCACCAACUGCCGUAAGAAAAAAUGUGGUCACACCAACCAACUCCGUCCUAAGAAGAAGCUUAAGUAA